CCGAAGCAGGGGUUACGCGGUCGCGAGAGGCUGUGUUUAUCAUUCAGUACGACUGGAUUUCACCAUGGAGACGCGUUCUUUGUAUAUGUGCUUUCUUUUCUCCGCUCUCACUUCUGUUUACGCUAUAGCGGCCCGGUCUUCGGGAUCAAUAACGGCACUUAUGCUCUCACGGGCCGUCCAGAGGCCUAAUUCUAAGCUGACAAAAGUGGUCCAGACCCCCCGGUCUAACUCAAUCGCGAGUGGAAAUGUGGAAUACAGUUAUGUGUCGAACAACCAAGUGAAUAUCAGUAAUGUAUGGACCCUGCCGGAAGAGGGAUAUCCCGUUUUUUACCGCUACUUUCGCGACCGCGUAACGUGGUUCGAGGCCGACGCCGUUUGCCAGUUCCAUCACGCUCAACUUGUCACAGUUGAUUCAAACAUUCAAUUUGAUGCGGUGCGAGCCUUUUUAAAAGAACUGGAUGUAUCGAAUAACGUCUGGAUUGGUUUGAGGCAGGCAAAACCUUACGGUGAAUUUGUGUGGACAGACUUCAAGCCGUUAACAAAUCAAGAGCACUGGCAUGAGCCCAUAACACAGUCCGAGUCAACAGUGUGCGUAGCAAGCGACCCGGCGGCUGACUUCAGGUGGCAUGGAUUCAACUGCGGUGGACCAGAGGUGGCGUCCUUCAUAUGCGAAAUACAAGUGCCAGACUGGGCGCAACGAGAUGGAUGCUUGCCAACGGCACUACCCUCGCUGACAGUCACCUAUUUGCCGGAGCAGAGCGCUGUUGAGCUUAUCUCCGAUUGCGGACUGGAUGGGAGCCGUCGCGUCAUAUGCCAAGGCCACAGGAGUCGAGAAGCAGUGAUGAAAGAGCUGUCUUGCGAGAGCGUCACGGAGAGCCCCAUCGACGAGAAUGCCAUCACUGCCGAGAGCGAGCAAACACGACACAGAAGAGACACAGUGCAACCUUCAGAAGCAACUACUGUCCUAGCAGCAACUAUCCUCUCAGUGUCGACCCUUUCUCCUUCGACGAAAGCGGCCACACCAAAACCAACGACCAGAGCUGACGUCACGGUGAAAGCAACCGAAUUGGCCCAAACCAAUACAAAAUCGUCCACCGAUGCAGCAGCAACUGUAAUGACAACAACAACAGCGACGACGACGACAACAGCAUCAGCAACGACAGCGGCGACAUUAGCACAUCAAAAAUCGGUGACAAUGUCAGCGACUAGUGGCGCACCUACCGUAAAUAGAGAAACCACCAAGAGCGAGAAGCCAAGUGAGGCGACGCGAACGAAAGCGAUAGACUUCUCCGGCUCCUUGGACUCAACGGAGGACGGCCACGAAAGCUCGGAGGCGCCGCAAGAGAUGUCCAUCGCCGAGGAACCAAUCAAACUCCGCGCUCAAGAAGUCUCACCGAGUCUCGACUUGAGCGAAGAUCAACUCAAGAUGGAAAACAAGUCCGUCGAGAUGGACUCGCCCAACUCCAACUCAGUACAAAAAGUGACAGAGUCCUUCACCGUCCUUAAAGGGGGCUCGUACUGGCCCACAGGAGAUGACCAAAGGAGCAGCAUCGCCUCCGAGGAGAGCAUCGAAGAUCAGCGGAACCUGAAAGCACCCGUCAAAAACGCCAACAACACCACACAAGAGGCCGCCAACACAACCUCAAAGGCAGCAACACCAAAACCGUCCACGACGAAGGGCCCCCACCCAGACGAGAUCGAGCGGCGCAAAGCGGCGAUUUUAGCUCACAUCUCGGCAACCCUCCCACCGAAAGAGCUGAAGCUCGCACCCUGGAACCCUCUCCCUUCCGUCCAGGAGGUCGAAAGCAAAACCCCCGUCGUUUCCACGCCGUCCCACCUGAAAGAGGAGUCGCACGAGAUCUUCGCCGAGAAAACCUCGAAGAAAGUCAAGAAGACGAUUCUGGGCUCCAAGUUGAACAGCUUCGACGCGACGACCCCUCCGCCGCGACACGAGAACUCCGUGCAGACGACCGUGAGCAAGUACAUCUGCAAGAAUCUACCUCCUGUCUUGCUCUACAGCAAGAACAGCAACGAGCCGGAGCAGGUGCUCACCUCGGGUAGCAUCGAGACUUACACCACUCCGGAGGAACACGGAAAGAAGCUCAAGAACAAACUCAAGCUGGCGCAGACCAAGAGCCACGUUGAAACCACGAGCAUGCGCACGGAGACCGAGGGAGCCACGAACGUAGCAGCGAGCACGGCCAAGUUGGAGACGACCCAAAAGGUGAACACCAUCACCACUUCUUCCGUGCCCGAGGUUGAUCCGAAAACGACGGUGGUGUUCUCGUCGGACGCAGAGGUUCUCAACAGCAUGGAGAUGACGACGAAGCUGGUCGUGAAGGACCAGCUCAAGCUGGAGGCAACGUCAACAGAGCCGUCGAUGGUGGCGCCAACGACGGAGAGACACCACCGCGGAUUCCUCGAGUCCACUGACGACGUCCCCGAGAGACCCAACCGGGGUCGGCUCCUCAUCCACCCGCAACACCAUUCCUUCUACCCGUACUUCCUGAAUAGAGUCCUAGGUUAAGUUGGCGGGGCCGUUCCGUCGCCCGUCAAAAUUGGUUAGGAUUUUAUGCGCAUGUUUUCAGCGCUAGGUUUAAGUGUUUGAUACAGGCUUUUCCAUUGAAGUAGCGUAUUUUUUCCGGCCGGGUCGAUCUGAUCGGCAGCCAGAGCUGUUGUACAGCCGACUGGAAUUCGGAAAGAACGAAGAACUGGAAACAGUUCAAGAGGAAGGAGCCGAGUUAUUUGGCAAAACAAAGGGGCUGCUCGAUAGUUGCUCGAGGAACACCAUGAGCAUCGGUAACCAAUUGGUUCCUUUCUUUAAAGAGAGAGGAAAAAAGUAAUAAAAAUUAAAAUGAUUUUUCCAUUUGAAAUCUGAGAGGAAUUAAAUUGUGUAUUUGGUUCCUUUCUGAAUUGAUUUGGCCCGUUCUGCAUUCUGGAGAGCAGAGGAACCGAGUUACUGAAAAUGCUUUCAACGGCUUCAAUUUUCUAGAUCAGAAAGAACUUGCAAUUAAGAUGGAAAUUUCAAAGCGAGCUUUUCUUUGUGAAAAUUAAAGAAAGUCCGAAAUGAUCAUUUUCUAGUCCAAUUUAACAAUUCGGCAAAUCAGGACCGAAAAUUAAAAAGUAAGUCCAAACAUUGAAGCUGAAUUACAAUUUAUCAAAUACAGGCGGAGCUUUGUUAAGUUUCUGUUGGUCUUUUGUUUUUUUUGCAUUUUUUUAAAAAAGAAAAAUUAAAGUAAAAUAAGAAAUAUGUUGCUCUUUUUUUGAGCCAAAUAUUAAAAGGCAUCAUCAUAGGUUUCAACGUAUGCGUUCUAACUUCUUCAUUUCUCUCAAUUUUCUAUAUUUUUUAUCUUACCUACUUAUGUUUACGUCGGAGAACGUGAUCAUUGUGCCAACGAGUGAUGUGAUAUAUAAAUUUGAGUAUCUUCAAAUUGUUUCCAACGAGUUCAAGAGACUCACAAGACAACUCACAAACUCACAAGACAAAACCGUAUCUAAAAUUUAUAAUUUAUGCCGAUCCCUAUACUCGAUUUAUAAACAUUGUCGCAUUAUAGAGACGCAAUGAAAGAAAGAGGGGCGGUGGUAAAAAUUCGGGUCUUAAAGGCAGGUAUCCUGAAAAGGCUCCUUUCAAGUCUGCUGAUAUGCAGUGAUCUUUAUGUCACGGUGCCAUUAUAAUUUCUUCCUAUACUCUCCAAUUACAUGGGUUAAGUAUUAUUUAUUCAUGUGUUUUGUGUAAAGCUAGUCAUUAGAUGAGAAUCAUUUCAAGGAAAAAUGUGCACAUAAAAAGAAUAUUUUUAUAGUUCAUCAAUUUAAUGUUUUAUUUUUUAUCUGUUUCUAUCAUGCUUUGUUAUUCUCUAUUAUUUAACUGGUAUGACUCAACCAUAUUUCAUAAUUUAAUUUGUUACUGUCUGCGCUCUCUCUUACUUGUGGACUUUUGAGGUAUAGCUAUCAAUUUGUAUUUUGCGGGAAAAGGAAGCAUAAAUUAUUUUAUGAGCUUGCCCUUGGAAUUUUUGUGAGUCCACUUUAGAUGUACUCGUAACUGUACCAGUGUACCACGGACACAUUUUUUUUAGUUAAAAGAGAAACACUAGAAUUGUGUUAACAAAGUACUUUAGUCCAGUAGUUCAAUACUUUGAACAACGCUCGAAGUGAACGCUCUGUCAUAGAUACAGGAAAGAAUAAUAUUGUUGAUGCCUCACAAAAUUUACAUCCGUAAUUCUAAGUCAACACCUGCAGAGGCUAUAUUUUUUGACUCAAAUCGUCUUCUUUUUUCUCUUAUUUUCUGAUUAUAUAGUUACUUUGUUAUUAAUUCAUGUCAGCCUGUACAGUAUUUAUCCCGUCCUUUCAGUAAAAUAUGAGUGCUUCAAAAGAAAAUCGAUUUUCCUUUAGCGUAAGUUCUAUCGAGUCACAUAAACAAGAUGAAUAGAAAUCGCGCAGAGAAUGGAUGAACUUUGUCUUCCCCGUCCAAAGUCCGAUGAAAAUUCAUGAAUUUAUUUUAAAAAAAAAUUUCAGAUUUAUGUUCAUGAUGAAAGUUUAUUGAUUACUUUUUAAAUAAAAAUUCAGAUUUAUGUUAAUCAGAAUUUUUACAAAAGUCUGCGAAAAUGUAUAAUCUCAUAAUAUACCACUUUCAAAAAAACAUUCCAGCUCUGAUUUAAUGUCCUCGAACCUGGUACGUGCUACCGGUUUUUUGUAUCCUUCAAUUGAGAUUAACGUACAGAGGACGAGUUAUUAACGUGUGUACUCAUCAAUGUUGCCCAAUUUCAUCCGUUUACCUACCUAUAAUUCUGCUCAUAAAUUAAUGAAUGAGUCAAGCACUUGCCUUUCGGCUUUAAACCGAUUCCCUUUUGCAUUUUUCGACGAGGACAUUGUAUUUUUAAGCAUGAUAAAAUUUCAAUGUAAUAUUUCAAGCCGGAAACAUGUCAACGGCGAAAUCCUUAAAAUCACGUAUCUAUUUUUAUGGCAUUGCAAACUUUCUGUCAUACUUCGUUUUUUCAUUGAAAAACCAUUCAACAUUCCUCCCUAACAACUUGUAUGAUUCGUCUACUCUAUAUGGUGAAUUGUCCGUGAAAAUUUGAAGGAGUCAUUUUGAUUCGUUCUUCGUACAAAAAACGGAAUAUGAGAGAGAUUUUGAAACAUUGCAAGCAAGAUACAAAGUUUGGUGCAUUGUCGGUACACUUACCUUAUCAUGAACUAAUAUUCUUAGUCCUUUGGAGUGAAGUAGUUAAACCUGAUGUUAUUCUAAGUAUGCACAAAUAACAAGGAGUGAUACAUUUCCGUUGAAUAUUUAACGUGAAUGGUCAUCUCUCAUUCUACAUGGAUGUCCAUUUGUUCAGCCUCCUCUGAUUUCCGUGUGAUCAAAUUUCUCUUGUUCCAUCCAACCGGUAAAAUUUAUUCCUUCCCCUCAAACAUGAGGUUGAUAAGUACGGUUGUGAAAACUAAUGUAUUUUAUUUCAGUAAAAAGAGGUUUAUAAAUAAGACACAUAUUAUUGAAGGUACAAGCGCCAUAAAUUUUGCGAGUAUGGAAAUCGUGUGCUCAAAUUUUUUUAUUCUUUAGAUAUACACUAAUCGUUUUACUAGCUAUACCCUUCCGUAUGGUCUCAUGAGUGUCAUAUGUAGUAGUAGACUAUUAGUUUUAACAAUUAUUUAGGUAAAAUAAUGCAUUGGAUGUGUCAAAUUUAGUUACCAUAAUUUUCUAAAGUUGUAUUUAGUACCUACUUGAAGUAACAGUACUUAAUAACAUUAAAAUUUCUUAACGACAUAAA